GCGGCCGCUUGAUUCGGUCACGUGCCUAGAAGCUGGCCAAUCCGUGCACACAGAUGCCCUUUGCGUGGAUUUCCUGCGCGGAAGGUUGACACGAGAGGAGAUAGAUCUGCUGCGGAGAGAAAGUAGAGGAGGAUGUUCCUGACUAAUAUACUUCUUCGAAAAGGAAUCCCCGGCCGUCAGUGGAUCGGCAAAUACAGGCGUCCCAGGCAGGUUACCUGGCAGAUGAAGAGGGGGGUUAUCCGAAGACUCGAAAUCGAAGCAGAGAAUGAGUACUGGAUUAGCCGGCCGUAUAUGACCAAAGAGCAAGAACGAGGCCAUGCCACUCAAAGGAGGAUGGAGAGAUUUGAGGCUCUUAAGAACAUGCAGGUGGCUAACUUCCCCGAACACAAAUAUUUGGAAGAUCAUUUAAAUCAUUUAAAUGUGACCAAAAAAUGGACUCUUCCGUAAUUUAUUACUUAAAAGUCAAACCCAAUUAAAAUGUUUCACCAGAUGUUAUUUUGUACAUUGUAUUACAUUGCAAGUAAAUUACAUGACGUAUGAA